AUGUCGUUGGCAGAGCCAGCAGAGUUGCUGCUGAUAAGGGACCAGUAUGACCGUGCGUUGGAGUGUCUCACCAGGGGCCUGGCGGCUGAUCAGGCAGGACAGGGGCCCCAGGCCCUGGAGCUGUACAGGAGGGGCCGGCAGCACCUAACCCUGGGCCUGGAGGUCCCUACCAGGGGGCCACAGAACCAGGGAGCCCCCUGGGACACGGCCAGGCAAUUGCAGCAGAAGAUGAGGGAGACUCUGACUAACAUCAGCACCCGACUAGCUAACAUGGAGACAGCAGGGUGCCUCUACCCCACCCCGGGGCCAUUGGUGCCACCUAUGCCGCUGCCUGGUUCCUCCAACCCCCUCCCCCAUCUCUACCCCACACUGCCACCCGGGGCUACCCCAACAGACAGCCUCUCUGCCGGGGCUACAGGCACCACCAUGGCCCCCUCCCUGCCCAUCCUCCCUGCCCUGCCCCUGGGACUCCCAGGAGAGCAGCCCCCGGCCUACACCCCCCAGCCCACCGACGGGCACCACAGCCUGGCUUAUAGCCCAGCCGGAGGAGGGGGUCUGGUGGGGCAGAGGGUGGGGGGACCUCCACAGCCCGAAGGAGGAGUAGGGGGGGACGGAGAGGAGCUUCUGUUCCUUCCUCGGGGGGUGCAGAUGUUUUUCGUGUCGUCGGAUGGCCAGGUGAGCGCCCCGUCGUACCCGGGUUAUCUACGCAUCGUCAGGUUCAGCAGCCAGCUCAACGACAAGGCCAACGGAGGAGUGUCAGUCUUCCUACACGUAUGUGACUGGUUGUACCCCCUGACUCCAGACACCCCAGUGCUGCUGUCUACCUCUGGGAUCUUUAUGUUUCCUAACACCAUGGCGGGGAUACCUGGGUCCUACGUAGGGGUCGUGCUGUCCUCAGAACUGCCUGCAGCAGACAGACAUGCCUUUCAGGACCUCCUCUCACAACUCACUGAGCUACGGGUACAGGCUCCAGAGGAGGGGGCAGGGUCAGAGAUCAUGAACCUGAGUGAAAAGGUUCCCAUUGGUCCCCCUGUGGAGGGGGCGGGAGCAGGGACAGGAGAGGAAGAACUCCCCCUACCUGAAUGGAGCGAGAAGAUGUCCCAAGGCAUCCUGACAGGUGCAUCGUGGCUGAGUAAAGGGUUUGUGCGUGGAGCGGAGGCCACAGGUAAGGCCAUCCAGAAAGGAGCGUCUAAGCUGAGAGAACACAUCACCCCAGAGAACGUCCCGGGUGAGGUCAGCCCUGGUGUUACCAAGGGCCUGCACCACGCAAAACAGGCCACCGGGGGCGCUGUUCGCGUCAGUCAGUUCCUGGUGGACGGAGUGUGUACCGUAGUAGGCUGUGUGGGGGAGAAGCUGGCUCCUCAUGUAAAGAAACAUGGCAAUAAACUGAUCCCUGAGUCCAUGAAGAACACUAAAGAUGGCCGCUCCAACCUGGACGGAGCUAUGGUGGUGGCAGUCAGCAGCAUGAAGGGUCUCUCCGCUAUGUGGACUGGUUUGGAAACUGGAGCUAAGAACAUCGGCAAGAGUGUCACCUCUGAGACGGUCAUGACCGUGAAGCAUAAAUUUCGGGGUCUAGAAGGUCUUUUAGACAAACCCUCUAACUGA